AAUGACGAGCUUGGGCUCACGCGCCUUUACGCUCGUUCAUUCCGAGGACGGUGGAUUCGGUUCAGAACAGAACCAGCAGCGCUCGAGAGCGUGGCGCGGGGAACAGGGGUUUCACCGAGCCGCUUUAACGGAGAUUGUGUCCGAAAGAGCAGUCACGCUUCCGUCGCGAGCGUGGCUGCACUAAAUCAGAACGCGCCUUCCCUGUAACCUCGAGCUCACCUGCGUGGACAAAACCGCACGCUGUUCCUAGGGGUCGCGCGAGAAAAAACGUUUCUUUUUGCUGUUGCGCGUGCCAAGUGUGCAGUGUAGCGCAGAAGUGGACCGAUUCCUCGCGCUCGGGCUGACGCCUUUCCGGGAUUUGGUUUACUGGGUCUUUCCAAAACCUCGAUUGCACAUCGGCAGAAAAGGUCUCGCUGAAAAUGCCCCUUGCUCAGCUCGCGGAACCAUGGCCCAAAAUGGAGCUCGUGCAGCUGGAGACGGAGAAUGGACAGUGCAUGACUGAGGAUGGAGUCUCUUCAAGAGUUAAGGAAGAUGCUGUCAUCAAGGAGAUCAACAUCACACAUGUGGUUAAGGAGGGGGCAGAGAGAGCCGACCCCUCCCAGUUUGAGCUGCUCAAGGUUCUCGGCCAAGGCUCAUUCGGGAAGGUGUUUCUGGUACGGAAGGUCACACCACCUGAUAGUAACCAGCUUUAUGCCAUGAAGGUCCUUAGAAAAGCCACACUUAAAGUGCGGGAUCGUGUCCGCACCAAGAUGGAGAGGAACAUUCUCGCCGAGGUCAACCAUCCGUUUGUGGUCAAACUCCACUACGCCUUUCAGACAGAGGGUAAACUGUAUUUGAUUCUGGACUUUCUACGGGGAGGAGACCUCUUCACCAGACUGUCCAAGGAGGUGAUGUUCACGGAGGAGGAUGUGAAGUUCUACCUGGCGGAGCUGGCUCUGGGCUUGGAUCAUCUCCACACUCUGGGCAUCAUCUACAGAGACCUCAAACCUGAGAACAUUCUACUGGAUGAAGAGGGACAUAUCAAACUCACAGACUUUGGUCUGUGUAAAGAAGCCAUAGACCAUGAGAAGAAGGCGUACUCCUUCUGUGGUACUGUGGAGUACAUGGCCCCAGAGGUGGUCAACCGGCAGGGCCACAUCCACAGCGCUGACUGGUGGUCGUUUGGGGUACUGAUGUUUGAGAUGCUGACGGGUUCUUUGCCAUUCCAAGGGAAGGAUCGUAAGGAGACCAUGAAUCUCAUCCUGAAGGCAAGGUUAGGGAUGCCCCAGUUUCUGAGUGCAGAAGCUCAGAGUCUGCUGAGAGCUCUGUUCAAAAGGAACCCUGCCAACAGACUGGGCUCUGGCCCCGAUGGUGCAGAGGAGAUCAAACGUCAUUCAUUCUUCUCAACAAUUGACUGGAACAAACUCUUCCGUCGGGAGAUCAAGCCACCGUUUAAGCCAGCUGUGGCCCGACCAGACGACACCUUCUACUUUGACUCUGAGUUCACCUCCCGCACUCCUAAAGACUCUCCUGGCAUCCCACCCAGCGCUGGCGCUCACCAGCUGUUCCGAGGGUUCAGCUUCAUGGCCACGGCGCUGCUGGAGGAGGAGGGCACUGAGGAGUCUGUGCAGGCCCCACCCCACCCUGUGGUGCAGCAGCUCCAUGGUAAGAACAUGGUGUUCAGCGACGGCUACGUCCUCGAGGAAGACAUCGGUAUGGGUUCUUUCUCCGUGUGCAAGCGUUGUGUCCACAAAGCCACCAACACAGAGUACGCAGUGAAGGUUAUUGAUAAGACCAGCACAGAUCCUUCUGAAGAGAUUGAGAUUCUUCUCCGAUAUGGACAGCAUCCCAACAUCAUCACUCUGAAAGAUGUGUAUGAUAAUGGAAAGAAGGUUUACCUGGUGACAGAGCUGAUGAGGGGUGGCGAGCUACUCGAUCGAAUCCUCAAGCAGAAGUUCUUCUCAGAGCGAGAGGCUAGUUCAGUACUGCACACAAUCACCAAGACUGUGGAGUACCUGCACUCGCAGGGGGUAGUGCACAGAGACCUGAAGCCGAGUAACAUCCUCUAUGUGGAUGAAUCUGGCAACCCGGAGUCCUUGCGCAUCUGUGACUUUGGCUUUGCCAAGCAACUCCGCGCUGACAACGGUCUCCUCAUGACGCCAUGCUACACUGCCAACUUUGUGGCUCCAGAGGUACUGAAGAGACAAGGCUAUGAUGAGGGUUGUGAUAUCUGGAGUUUGGGUGUGUUACUCUACACUAUGUUAGCCGGUUUCACUCCAUUCGCUAACGGUCCAGAGGACACCCCAGAGGACAUCCUGGGGAGGAUAGGAAAAGGCCAUUUCACCCUCACCGGGGGCAACUGGGACGCUGUGUCUGAUGCAGCCAAGGAUCUGGUCUCUAAGAUGCUCCACGUCGACCCUCACCAGAGACUCACGGCAAAGCAGGUGUUGAAACACGUCUGGAUCGUGCAGAGAGACCAGCUGCCCACCAGUCAGCUUCAGCACCAGGAUGCACAGCUCCUUAAGGGAGCAAUGGAUGCGACCUACUCCGCCCUGAAGAGUUCUCAGCCCAGCCCUGAACUCAAACCCAUCCAGUCGUCCUUCCUCGCCCAGAGACGUGUGAAAAAGCUACCCUCCACCUCUCUGUAGGGGCAGAGAGAGAGAGAGAGAGAGAGAGAGAGAGAGAGAGAGAGAGAGAGAGAGAG